AUGCCGACUGAAAUUCCUAUUUGCGCUUUAAAUUCACCCUCAAAGGAAUACUUUUUUCGUGUCAAGCAUAAGAAAUUCUUUAAAAGAAUGGCAAAAAAAACACACUUCAAUUACAGAGAAGUGGAAGCUUUGUCUGUGAUAUAUAGAAAAGUGUUGAGUAUUUCCGGUCCAAUGACACGUUCGGUUUUUCGCGAUAUAUUUCAUUCAGGACUUGAUUUUACCGAAAAUAUUCGUCAUUUAUUGAUAGACAGAAUAUUUUCUACCAUCGACAAAACUACUUCUCUUCAAAUUCGUAUGGGUGAUUGGAUCGAAGCACUCUCAAUCAUUCUUCGUGGUUCUUUAGACGAAAGAAUCCACUUUGCUUAUAAAGUUUACGAUUUGUUAAAAACAAAUAGAUUAAAAAAGGAACAAAUGUUUCCAUUGAUGAGAGGUUGUUUGAUCGCUUAUUCACCCGAUGAAGAUCCAGACGAUGGUGUCAAAGACUUGAUAGAUCUGGUGAUUAAAAAAAUCGACAUAGAUCGUGAUGGAUACGUUUCAGAAGAAGAUUUUUGUACAGCAGUUAAAGAAAAAGGAGAAUUUUUGUUGGAAUGCAUGGGUCCUGUUUUCCCAUCGAGAGAUGCACGGCACUCAUUUUUAACAACAUUUACCGAUCAAUUAGGACCAAUUUAA